AUGAAGAUGUGCAAACGAAAAGACAGAAUUCGAAGCUGGCAGCAAAACAGUGGGCAAAGCUGCAGAGUUUUGAUUUUCCAGUCUAGGGGGAAUGAUGCCGAGCUAGCAAAGGAACUUCAAAUUCUCCGAGUGGGCCUGUGGGAAGAGUAUAGGAAGGUGGAACGAUUCUGGCACCAAAAGUCCAUGAUCAAAUGGAUUUCGGAAGGCGACCGGAAUACCAGCUUCUUUCACAUGUUUGAGUCAACAAGAAGAAACUGUAACCUGAUUAGUUCACAAAAGGUGAAUGGUGCUGUUUUAGAUGACCCGGAUAGUUUCAAACUAGCUGUUCAAUCCCAUUUCAAAGAGGCAUUUAAUGUCAAGUCAACCUUGGCUGUUCAUCAGUUGAGACUGCCGUUCAAGAAAUUACAAUUGGAGGAAGCCAGUAUGUUGGAGUUUAAGUUUACAGAACAGGAAAAUUUUCAAGCCUUAAGAAAUUCGGAUGGUAAUCGAGCCCCAGGGCCGAAUGGUUUCAAUUUCAACUUCCUCAAGAAGUUCUGGCCGGAUUUUAAGAGCUAUAUUCUGGCGUUUUUUUGA